AUGCCCACCAUCUAUUCUUCGCUGUAUUCGAAUUUCAUCCGUCAGGGAUCUACAGUCGCGAAAUCCAUCACAACACAUGGCUACGCUCAGUCUUUCGUAGCUGCCACUCAUCCGCACGUUCUCAACUCGCAGAACCGCCCCGUCUUUGGACGCCGACAUACCAGCCGACUCGGUCUCUCCGCCCUUCAGUUUCAUUCGACUUUUCACAAGGACAGCGGAGGCGUCUCCGACCACAAAAAUGCGCACACUCAUUUGCCGUUAGACGCCUACUUUGAGGCCUUGCAGAAACACCAAGUCAAUGACGAGCUUGACAAGGAAUGGACGCAGUUUGAGUUUCCAAAACAGAUCGAAUGGAAGCCCAGCGCCGCUACUGUCCUCCAAAGCAAAGAUGCGGUCGUCGCCGCCGAGUCAGAGCCUCCUGAGGAGUCAGAAACUCGGUCUUCUAUCUCUGCCGAAGAUGAGGCUGCCCUUGCGCACAUUGACGCUGCUCUUGAGAGAGAGCUUGAAGCGCGGAGACUCUUGGAGGCUGCUGAGAAUGCGCCUGCUGUUGAACAGUCUUCUUCAAUACCUUUGUCUAGAGUCGGAACACCUGCUGGUUGGAGAUCCAAAUCUCCCGCUGUUGCUGGCACCUCGUCGCCCGAUGUCGACCGUCAGUCGCAGUCCUACGCUGAUCAUCUAUUCAAGCUCUCGCAAGCCGGGCGAUAUGCCGAGAUCCCCGCUGUGUUUGAGGCCAUGCUGGCUACCGGCGUGAAGCCAAUCGCCAGCGCAUAUAAUGCCCUGCUUGUGGCUGCCAUUCAUAUUCCCAGCAAGAAGAUCGAAAUUGUAUCCAAGGCACUCGAUGUUUACGCGGACAUGAUCCGUCGCCGAAUAUCUCCCGACGGCGAUACAUACGAUAUCCUUGUGGGACUCCUAGCUUCUCGAUCUGCCGAAGUGUCCAAGAUGAAGGUUGCCUUGGAGGACAAGCGUCAACGAUUCGGUGGCAUGGACGAGCCUGGCAAGUUCAUGCUCGCUUCUCAUGAGCUUGAACAUGCUAUCCUUUGUGAGGAUGAUAGACUCGAUCUUGCCAUGAAGCUGUUCGAUUCGUCGGUGGAUUGCGAUACUGCCAUGUACUCCUCCGAGACAUAUCACCAGUUAAUCUGUGCCUGUGCUGAAUCUGGCCGUGUCUCUGACAUGCUUAGACUAUUCGAGCACAUGGAGUCCACCAAGACGGUGCCGUUUGCUUCCACCUUCCCCACCAUGAUCAGUGCCUUCGCUGAGCGUGGCGACCUGGUCAGUGCCGUUGAGUGCUACAACGAGUAUCGUAGCCUGGCUGUUGCCCAAGACGGCGGCGAAACUACUCUACAUGAUCGUGUCGACUCUGAGGUAUAUGCGGCUGUGAUCAACGCCUAUGUCAUCUCGGACAAGAUCGAGAGGGCCAUGAAAUUUUUCGAGAAAAUUGUCAAGGAGUACGGCGUUCGUGCGAGAGAUAUCAAGGAUGCGUUGGUCAGCACUGGAUUUGUCAAGGGCUUCAUCUCUCGAGGGAUUUACCAAGAGGCCUUCCAUUGGGCUCAGUCUGUCGAAGCCGAGGCGCAGUCCCAGGACAUGAUUCGCAUUGCCACUGUCGCAGCGGACCAUGACGACAACGUAACCGCUACUGACGCGUAUGCCAAUAUCGUCGCUGAUCCGCAGGCCCUCGUCGCACCUGCAACGGCACUCUUGGCUAUGAGUAUCCGAGGUGGCGACGUCACUUCCGCUACCAAGUACUGGCAUGCGCUCAGUGACCCCGAAGUCAAGGCGACUGUUGACCUCAUUGAGCCCACUGUGAUGUACGCCGUGGCAUUGAUUGGUUCCGGACAGGUCGCUGAGGGUCUGGCUCAAUCUGAGAUGAUGUUUGGGAGAAUUCGCGCCUCGGAGGUUGAAUCGGCCAAGGAAAUUGAUGAGGGCGUCGAUUUCAUUCAUUGCUACAUGGAACGCCGUGGUCUAACCGAUCCUCGUGAGGUCGCGUCUCAAACUCACAGUGGCACUCCGUUUGUGUCGACCGCAACACCUGCUGUUGCCAGCUUUGAAGACACUUUCGACCCCUAUGCGCACAGCACGGAUUUCAAGGGGUCUGCUCUCAUUGCUGAGGACCUCGAAGGUGGCCACGGGCGCAAGGGCGUUCAAUGGAACGAAGCUUUGGGACGUUUCCGCAACAUCCGCCGUGCCGGUCGCCACCCUCGCUAUAUCACCUACGCCAAGCUGAUUUCCGCUGCUGCUCGAGAUGGCAAGAUGGACCUUUGUCACGAAAUUUUCGCCAUGGCUCGAACCGACAUACCUCUGGUGGCGCAGUACGCUGUUGUUCGAUACGGCUGGUUCUCUAUUCUCGAUGCCAUGGUCGCUGCUUGCUUAACCCUGAGGGACCGUGGCCGCGCCGAGCAGUACCACCAGGAGCUCUUGGAAAUGGGCGCGGCCCCGUCUGCAAAUACUUAUGGUCUCUACAUUACGACCUUGAAGGACUCCACCAGGACUUUCGACGAGGCUUCUGCAGCUGUCCAAAUAUUUCACAGGGCCAAGUCUGAGGGUGUUGAGCCCAGCUCUUUCCUUUAUAAUGCUUUGAUUGGCAAGUUGGGCAAGGCUCGCCGUAUCGACGAUUGCUUGUUCUAUUUUGCCGAGAUGAGGGCUUCAGGGAUCAAGCCCACUUCGGUCACGUAUGGAACCAUUGUCAACGCUUUAUGCCGUGUUAGCGACGAAAAGUUUGCUGAGGAACUGUUCGAUGAGAUGGAGGCGAUGCCCAACUACAAGGCUCGCCCUGCACCAUAUAAUGGCAUGAUGCAAUUCUUUCUUACCACUAAGCGCGACAAGACCAAAGUACUGGCGUACUACGAGCGCAUGAAAGCCAAGGGCAUAUCCCCUACUUCUCACACGUUCAAGCUCCUGAUUGAUACUCAUGCUACUUUGGAACCCGUCGACAUGGCCGCCGCUGAGAAGGUCUUGGAGACAAUUCGCGCCUCCGGCCAACCGGAACCUGUUCACUACUCGUCACUCAUCCACGCCCGCGGAUGUGUGCUGCACGAUAUGGAUGGGGCCAAGAAGCUUUUCGACUCUGUCGUUGGCGAGUCAUUGGUGCCUGUCAAUGCAAGCUUAUAUCAGGCACUCUUUGAGUCCAUGGUUGCCAACCACCAAGUUGCUGAUACCGAGCCUCUGCUUGCUCAGAUGCGAGAGAAGCAAGUUGAACUGACAUCCUACAUUGCCAACACUCUGAUUCAUGGUUGGGCUGCCCAGAAAAACAUUGGCAAGGCCCGUGACAUCUAUGACGCCGUGGUUCGUGAGAAGCGGGAGCCGAGCACUUACGAAGCUAUGACGCGGGCUUACUUGGCCGUCGAGCAGCGUGACCAGGCCCAGGCCGUGGUAUCAGAGAUGCGUACUCGUGGCUAUCCUAGCGCUGUGCAGAAUAAGGUCUUCGAACUCAUUGGUGGUGGCCGGGAGGCAUCCGCCAUGUAG